GUCAAAUCAAAGGCAAGGCUAGACAGAUUUUUAGAAGUGAAAAUAUUUUAUGAUUCGGCUUUCUGAAAGUAAUUUUUUUUAAAGUAAAAUUUUGUUAAUAUUGUUUAAAUUAAUAAAGGAAAAUGAGUUACCGUUUGAAGGAAGAUAACCUUAUUGAAGGCACAUCACCUGUCUCUUCCACGGGCAGUUCAUCACCUGGUUGGGAGUCAAUUUCCAGUAGUUCAUCUAAUUCAUCUAGAUCAUCUAAUGAUCAUGGACGUCAUCAUCGCUAUCGUAAAAAACGUUCAUAUGAACGUUCAAAAGAGCGAUCACGAAGUAGAACAAGAAGUCGAUCUCGUUCAAGAUCUCCAGUCAGACGUUAUUCAGAGAACUCAAGGAAAAGAGAUGAUGCACUAAGUGAAAAAGAAUGUAGUCGUGGAAAUUGGGAUUACAGUAGUGAAAAUCGGAAUAAUUCAUCAUCAAAUCACUCAAAUGGCAAAGAAAGUGAACAGACAACUGGUGGUAAUUUUAAUCCAUCAGCGAAAAUUUCACUGAAUGUUUUUGAAGGGAAAAUACCAGAAGCUCCACCUCCUCCAACAAAUCUAAAAACUUUAAUUCAUUUUGGAAAACCUGGAUCUUCCGCAAAACCUGGUAUACAAAUGAAAUUAAUGGCACCAAAAACAAAAACUGAAACAAAACCUAAAAUUACGGUUGCAAGUGCAUUUAAUAUUGACAGCGAUGAUGAAACAGAGGAAAUGCCAGCUGAAUGUAGAAUGCGUAUGCGCAAUAUAGGACGUGAUACACCAACUUCGUCUGGGCCCAAUUCAUUUGGUAAAACAAAGAAAGGUUUCGUUGAUACUCAUAAAGUUUUUGAGAGAAGCUUACGAGAAGCUUGUGCUGAUGUUGAUUAAUUUACUUUACUAUAGUAUUUUAUUUCCAAUAUUACUGAGAAAAAAAAACUUGUUUUUCGUGUUUGUUAAGUAUAUUCGAAUUUUCUACAGACCUAUUUUGGUGAAAUCUAUUUUAAAGAAAAUAUUAAAAUAGACUGUUUAGAAUGAAUAUAUCGUUUGGAUAAUCAUUCUAAAUAAGUUAGCUCAUUCAGCUUUAUAAAAUUAUAAAACAAUGAAAUUUAGUUAAUAAAUUAUUCCAAAAGAAUAAAUUGUUUUUUUUCUUAGUAUUUUUAAUAUUAAAGCACAAACUUAAUAUUUUGCUGAAUCACAUCGCAAUUUAGAAAAUAAUUAGAACUAAAAUAAAAAUUAAAUGUCUAUUUAACGAUAAA